UGGUUUGGGUCAGCGUACUAGCCAUCCACUCCGUCAGUUGUGCUCGGUCCGUAUACUCACUAGCUUGCCCGUGUUCGGUGUACGAUGGUUAUCAAUCUAAGGCCUCUCCCGGAGGCACUAACGGAAAAGGCGGGUCGUGAGUUGAACGAGAAACCGGACCGGAUUGAGGAGGAUCUGGUCGCGAUCCGGCAAUGGUUGGCCCGGUCACCGCACAUACGUGCCCGUAUCGAUGAUCAGUUUCUGGUGGCGUUUCUGCGCGGCUGCAAGUACAGUCUCGAGCGGGCCAAGGAAAAGAUCGACAUGUUCUACAGUGUCCGGACGGCCAUACCGGAGCUGAUGAAGAAUCGUGAUCCGGAGGAACCGCGCCUACUGGAGAUUAUAAGGCUCGGGGUGGGAUUGCCAUUGCCGCAGACGAACGGUGAGGAUGCGCCGCGGAUCAUGCUCAUACGGCCCGGUGUCUACGAUCCGAAGCAGUACCGGAUCGAGGAGGUGAUCAAGGUCAGCACGAUGCUGAAUGACGUCAUGAUGCUGGAAGACGACAACAUGGUUAUCGGUGGCCAGAUCGGCAUCCUUGACCUGGCCAACGUUACGCCGGCCCAUUUCCUUCAGUUCACACCGACCUUCGUGAAGAAGAUGACCAUGAUGAGCCAGGAGGGUUCUCCGUUGCGCCAGAAAGGUUUCCACUACAUCAACACACCGAGCGGGUUCGAGCUGGUCUUCAAUAUGUUCAAAAGCUUCAUGAGCGAGAAAAACCGAUCCAGACUGUACGUGCACGGUAGCAAUAUGGAGUCCCUGUACGAGCAUGUUCCGAAGCGAUUACUACCGAAGGAGUACGGUGGUGAGGGUACCUCCCUGAAGGAGAUCAGUGCAACGUGGGAGAAGAAGCUGCUCGCCUACCGUCAGUACUUCCUCGAGGAGGAUCAGUACGGGACGGACGAGCGGAAGCGUGUCGGGCGGCCAAAGACGGCCGAGUCGAUGUUCGGGAUGGAGGGAUCCUUCCGUCAGCUGCAGGUGGAUUAACGCUGUUCGACGAUUGGAUUUACAGACAGAGACGAAUGGCCAGAUACAACCGGAGGCAGAUCGGUAUUUCACUUCAACAUUCGAAACACACGAUAUACUCAAGAGAGACUGUGGGCCAGAACCUGAUGUCAACCUGACGUAUUCAGCAAUCUAAUCGACAUUGCUAUCUGUUUCUUUGUAUUAGCUUGUUAUCGGCUGUAUGUUUAAAUAGAUUUAUGAAUUUUACAUAA